AACUCUAAACCCUAAUCCAUCUAGGGUUUGCAUUUGUCGCGCGGAACACUUAAUCUCAGAUCUCCCCAUUCCCGUGCACACGACAAUGGCGACUCAGAUGAGCAAGAAGCGAAAGUUUGUGGCUGAUGGAGUGUUCUUUGCGGAGUUGAACGAGUUAUUGAUGCGUGAACUGGCGGAGGAUGGAUACUCUGGGGUAGAGGUUAGGGUUACUCCCAUGAGGACUGAGAUCAUCAUCCGCGCAACGCGCACCCAGAACGUUCUUGGGGAGAAGGGAAGGAGGAUUAGGGAGCUAACUUCGGUGGUGCAGAAGAGGUUCAAGUUUCCUGAGAACAGUGUUGAAUUGUAUGCUGAGAAGGUUAACAACAGGGGGCUUUGCGCCAUUGCCCAGGCCGAAUCCCUCAGAUACAAACUCCUUGGUGGCCUUGCCGUCAGGCGGGCAUGCUAUGGUGUUUUGCGAUUUGUUAUGGAGAGUGGAGCGAAGGGUUGCGAGGUGAUAGUUAGUGGAAAGCUGAGGGCUCAGCGUGCUAAGUCCAUGAAGUUCAAGGAUGGAUAUAUGAUCUCUUCUGGUCAGCCAGUGAAGGAAUACAUCGAUUCUGCUGUCAGACAUGUGCUACUCAGACAGGGAGUGCUUGGCAUCAAGGUUAAGAUUAUGCUCGACUGGGAUCCAAAAGGAAAGCAAGGUCCGACUACUCCUCUUCCAGAUCUAGUCACAAUUCAUCCUCCAAAGGAAGAAGAGUUUAUCAGGCCAACCAUGGUACCGGCUGAAGUUGAGGUGCAAGCGUAGAGGGCAUCAACACCUGAUAUUUGUUACUCGUGCGCAUUUACAUUCGUUCUUAGCAAUCUUUUUGACAGAUGAGAACAGUAGACACAAGUCUUUCUCCAAUUUUCAAUCUGUGACAGCAGAAUUUUUGUUGAACUAUUUAUUCUAGUGAUCUUUUUUCUGUUUGUUCUAUUGCAA